AUGCCAGCAGGAGUAUCUUGGAGUAGAUAUCUAAAAUUUUUUUGUGCUGCGUUUUUGUCUAUGGCUGCAGGAUCUCAGGCUGUACAUUUAUACUAUCGCCCUUUAGAAGACAUUGAUAAAUAUGUAGAAAAAGAACUGAAAUCACAUGGGAAAGGAUAAUAUAAUGUACAAAAUAGUCAUCUUAUAAAAUAUAUUAAUGUAAAAUAAAUAAAUUACACACAAAUACAAAAGGAAAUUAA